ACUAUUGCAUCCCUCUGAAAAGUGACACUGUGUGAAAAAAAGAAACGAAGUUUUUGCAUACAUUUCCGCUGCUUAGCAUCUGGAAAACAGCUCAAAAUGCAUUUAAGAGGGCCGUGCAAGUAGAGGGUCGCCGUUCUACUUCUCUAAAUAACAUACACUGACUCCCCCGCGCCGUCGCCGCCGUCGUUGAGUGUCAACAGCUGCCCUGGCUGGCCGCAGUCAAAAUGUCGGACAUUAACGAUGACCUGCUCAAUUACGAACUGGGGGACGACAUCGAUGACCAGACCCUGCUCGGCGCCGACGAGGACGAGUUGCUACUCUCGGACGAAGAGCUCGAAAAGGAUGUCACCAACGAGGUGAAGCAGCAGAUGCGCGCAGAGGCCGAGGAGUGGGCCCAAGAGCAGAUACGCCAGCAUGAACGCAAGCACAAGGAGCAGCUGCAGGCUGGCCGGGGAGCAGUAGUAACUUCAACUUCAGCUUCAGCUCCUUCAGCAGCACCUUCAACGGAAGCCGCUCCCGCGGACCCAGAACCCUAUACUCCAGCCCCGGCUCCUGCUGCGGCUUCUAAUCCAGCUGCUGCUCCUGCUCCAGCCUACACUCCCGCUCCCACUGCCGCCAGCAGCAUUCCGCCCAGCUUCGAGAAAACUCCAGCUGCUGUUGUGGAGGAGGAGAAGGUAGCAGAGCAGCUAGUGACAGUUGAUCCCAGCACCACGACAAACUCAGAGCAUCAGCCGCCUCCAGCUAAGGAAGCACCGACUACGCAAAAGCAAGAGGAAGAGGCGGCUGUGCCAAAGGCAAACAAUGCCGGCGAAGAAACUACUGCCCAGGGGGAGACGGGCCUCUCUUCGCUGCUGGCCUCCUCGCAGGAGAGCCUGCCUAGCGUUAGCUCUGCCUCGGUGGCCUCAGAGUUGCCCGAUCCGCGCGAGGAUGAGGAGGAGCGCGAGGAGCGCACUAACUACAAGACGGCCAGCGAGCGUGCCGACAGCAAUAUGCGACAUCAGCAGGAGCAUGGCCACAUGUCGCCUUACCAGCAGCACCAGCAACAGCGCCGACACCACGGCCACUCAGACAAACAGCGUGGUAGCGGCGGCGGAGGAGGCGGACGCUACAUGCAGAAUCAGAAUCAGAUGGGAAAACCUCCACGCGGGAUCGGGACACGGCACCAUCUGCUGCGCAAUCCCUCGCCCAUGUUCGGUGUACAGCAGCAGCAGCAGCGCAUGGGGAUGGCCGGAGGAAUGCAACCGCCACCUCAGCGAUACGGCAUGCCGGGUAAUGCUCCACAGCAGCAGCAGCGCCUGGCCUUGAUGAGCACGCCUGCUCCUACCGCCUGUCUGCUUCCCCUAUCCCUACCCGUCACCCCGCUCACCCUCUCCACACUGCUGCCCCAGGCCCAUCCCGCACAUCCAUCCCAUCAACAGCCGACACUGAACAAGCCAACAUUCAUUCCCAUUCCAGGCCAGUACCCGCCAACUCAGCCACCCAACCAGUCACCACAACAGGCACCGACCAACACACAACAGCCACACAGCGCUCCCGCCGCCUCUCCCCUCCACAAUCCCUCGCAUUCGCACAUGAUGCACCACAGUCACAGUCACGGUCACAAUCCGAACGGAGGCGGACCGCCACAUCUGCUGCCGCAUCCGCACGAGCAGGUGCGUGUGGGCCUAUUGCAGCCGCCGCCAAUGGGUUAUGCCCCUAAUCCUGGCGGUGGCGGUGGAGGUGGCUAUCGUAAUGGAGCAUUAUUGGGUCCAGGACCGGGACCGGGACCUGGGCCGCAUCAGCUUCAGCAAUCGCCGGCAGGCAUGCGACCUCCCUUGUACCGCAAUGCACCGCCCUAUGGCUACGACCAGGGUCAUCCGCCCCAGCAUCCGCCGCAGUUUAUGCGUCCGCACAAUGGCUGGCGGCCGCAGGGCGACACAGCGCGCAUGCCGCGACCUCCGCUGCAGACCCUGCCGCCGCACAUGAUGCCCGGAGCCCCGCCCAACUACGCCAAUGGCAUGGGAAUGCGAGGUCCACCGCCCCCUCAGCAACAGCAACAGCAGCAGUCGUCGCAGCAACAGCCAUUGCCUCAGCUGCAGCAGCAGCAGCUGCCGCCGGGGCAUCCGUCGCAGCAACAGCAGCAGGUUGGUGGCAAUCCAGGACAGCAGCAACCACCGCCGAACGGACCGCCGCCGCCGUCGCAGCAGCAGCAAAGCUCUUCGUCGGUGCCGCGCGUCAGCAAGGUGCUCAUCAAUCCGAAUUUCAAGGGCGGCGUCGAGGCAGCCACCAACAAGUUCAUUAAGGAGACGCACUUCAUGCCGGCCAUCAACAGUGAGGCGGAGCUGCUGCGCCAGCAGGAGGAGUUCAUCAACAAGAACCGGCAAUACUUCGAGAAACGGCGUAUGGAGCGCUCGCCUCCGUCCGCAGGCACAGGAUCUGGGUCGGGCGCUGCUUCUGGACAGGCGGGCGAACGUCGGCGCGGAACACGCAGCCGCAGCCGUUCCCGAGGACGCAGCUACUCGCCGGUAAAGCGCACGGAAAGGGAGAGAGAACGCGAGCGGGAGCGGGAGCGUGACCGAGAGAGGGACCGGGAGCGUGAUCGGGAACGUGAUCGCGAGCGAUAUGGCGGCGCCACUGGAAGGACUGCGGGAAGCCGAGGAUUCCGGCGAGCAUCUAGCCGCGACAGGGACGAGAAUCGUGGUGGCGGUGGCACAAGUACAGCCAGUGGUAGUCAAGGAGCAAGCGGUGGCGCAGUAUCCGCCGGUGCUGCCCCAGCUAAGCGACGUCGCAGUGGCUCCCCUAGCUCUGCCUCUGGCAACCGGAACCCCUUCUCCGGGGAGCCGCGCGGCCGGACGUCGGACGCGGGCAGCCGUAAUGCGCCGAGCGAUGAGGAUGAAGAGACGCGCAACUACCGCCUGGAGAUCGAAAAGCAGAAGCAGCUGCGCGAGAAGAUCAUGCGGGACAAGGAGCUGAAGCGUAGGCGCGCAGCCGAGGAGAAACUUCAUGAGGAAAAACGCGCCGAGCAGCACAAUUCACCAGCUGAGGGUGACCAGGAUACGGCAGGAGCCGCCACCGCCCCCGCCCCCGCCGGACAAGGAUCAGCAGCAGCGCCAUCGGCAGCAGCAGCAACAGCAGCCUUGCGUCACGAGCGCAAGGUCAUCUCCUUAAAGCGUCGCGAUGACCAGGAGGGAGGCAACGGUGGUCGCAACAGACAGGUGCAGCAGCCUCCAACACGCAAGCAAGUAACGGCAGCGAAAAUAGCUCCUGAGGCCAAACGCAGUAUAACAGAGCACCUGGCUCCCUCCUCCAAGCAGCAGCAGCAGCAACAUCAUCAUCAGCCGGCCAGAGCAGUUACGGCCACUGCUGGGGCCGGAGGAGGAGCUGCUGGAGGUGUCGCUGUAACUGUGACCGCGACCGCAACUGGUGGAACUCCGCCGAAGCCGCGCGAUAUGCUGCGUCUGGGCAUGCCCAGUGACGACGAGGUGGAACUGGACUACGACGACGACGACCUGCUGCUGGACGAGGAGGAUCGUCUGUUGGCCACGCCAUCGCCGCCGCCGCAGAAAACCAGCAGCAAGCGAUCGGCCACGCCAGAGCUGUUGGUGGUGAAGCGUAACCACAAGGUGGUGCGCGGCAGCAGCUCGGCGGCGUCAGCGGCCAGCUUUGGUUCCGGCCAAAGGAGGGUGGUGCUAAAGCCGACCAGCAAUGGCAGCGGCGAACAGCAGCAGUCCUCGCACAGCGGCAGGCAGCGGGAGAGGAGGCAGCGGGAGCAGGACCAUGGACAGCAAAGGAAGAGCAGCGGAGGUGGCAGCAGUUCGGGUGGAUCAGGAGCAGCAGGAGGCAUCUUUGAUCGGCUGGAGAAGCGACAGGCAUCGUCUGGAGGAGGCGGGAGCAGCCACAAGCAGCGCUCCAAGGCGCCCGCCCGCAUCGUACUCAAGCACGAUUGAUGGGACAAGGAGUAGUAGCAGAAGCAGCAGGAGAAGUAGAAGAACAGGCGCGAUGAGAAGGAUAGCUUAAAAUGUGAAUCAUGAACUAUAUAGUAUACAAAAUGUUUUUUUUUUUUUUUUUUUGUAACGGAUCAGAGAAUCGUAUAGUGUAUCUCCCUCAUCCAUAUAUUGUGUUAAGCCGAAAGUUGAAGGAACCGUAGCUGUAAGGUAUAAAGUUGUAGAAUUGUAAACAUUACGUCUAUAUACAGAUAUAUAUAUAUAUAAACAAUUGAUCAUCUUAGUUGGUGAGUACAUCAUAAUAUAUCCAUUCUGGCUAGUAAUUGUACAAAGAUAUCCUAUCAAUGACUAAAACGUGCUUCGUUUUCCCAGCCACAGAUUGUAUUUAAACGUAGACCUAAGUGGGAUGCUUAAAGCUUGACCUGGACACAGACAGAACCAACCAUAGCAGCAAAGAAGCGUGCAAAUAUCUGCAUGUCAAUAAUAUAAAUAAUCAAACAAUACAACUUAUAGUAGUAAUACAUUUUUUAUAGACUUGCAUCGAUUGUAUAAAUACUUCAAUUUAGUUAUUAAGUCUUUCUGCCGAUCAGGAGGUAGAAGGAGGACAGCAACCACAAGUUGAGGCUCUCCUUGUGGAAUUUUUAAUCCUGAUUAUAUUAAAACUGACCCAAAUAUUUGUAUUUUUUUUUAACUGUGACCCGUUUAUUGUUCUCUUUUUUUAAACAAACAAAAUAAUAAUGACCUUUAACCACAAAAAACACUGUUUGCUUUAACACGAAGUAUAAACUUGAGAUAAUGUGGCAUUAAUAUACAUAAAUAUGCACACACAGAACGCAAUACCAUAAAGGCCUGAACAAAAGCAUAGAAGUAAACGGAAACGGAAACGACGACGGUACCAAUAUUAUAAUAUAGGGUUAUACCCAAAGGAAGGUAGAGAGAUCAUACACUAAACACAACACAAAAUCAGGGCCAGAUCUGACACAAAUAAAGCGAGAUGAAAUCUAGUGAAUUAAGUAAUUGUACAUAUAAAAUAUUUGCUUAGGAACACAUUAUGUAAACGUAAAGCCCAUAAAUGUAUACCCACAACAGCCAUAACUCGCUCUCACUCACUCCGAAAGAUACCUAGACGAAUAAGAGAUUGUUUAUUAUAACCAUUUUUACCAAAAUCCUCGAAAGAUUAUGGCCUACACAUACUACGUAUAUAUGUACUCUGGGAGGAGAGGAGAGGAGUAGUAUCGCGAGUAAAAACCAUUUAGUGAUAAGCUCAGUAAUACGUUAAUGAGUCAAAUAUACAAUAAUACAAAUAUUAGUUCGCAGUAAGCUAAUUAGACAAAAUAAACUAAGAAGGGAUGAGCAUGUACUGUGGGCUGUACUGUACUCUAAUUCGAAAUCCCAAGCAAGUCUAUACGCAAGAGCUUGUCCCCGAACAAUUCUGACAUUGUAACACACAUCUUAUUUAUCUGACAACAUAAAACCUAAUAUAUACUAUAUAAUAUUGUGAAGAAGAGGUCCUGCAACGCCUGUCUAUAAGCUAGAACCAGAUAAGCAUAAGAAGGAUCAAAUGGAAGCGCAUAAAAGAAACAUCAACAGUCGUAUUCGUAUAACUUUAGUAAUCGUAAUGCUACACACAAUAUGAUAAUAUAUAAUGAUAAUAUAUGGACUAAUAAAAAACAAUUCUAUUACAUGCA